GAAAAAAAAAAGGUGAAAGGGAGGAUGCAAGAUAAUUAUAGGCAUGAAGAGAGAACCAGAGCCCUGUGCUUCUUACUCGCAGUCAGAUCUUUGUUUUGCUCGAGUUGAAAAAAAAAUUAAAAAAAAAAUUAAAGCUUUUGCUUGCAUAGGAACAAAGGCAGAAAACCCAAAUCCAAAAUGAGGCCUCCUCAUCUCCUUUUCAUUAUUCUUUUCACCUUCCACAACCUUUGGCUAUGAUUGAGUGAACCAGACAAAGGUUUCCUCACUGCCCAUUUCUCUUCACCGCCCAGCACACCAUACCAUGUUAUAGCUUCUUCAUCUGUUUCAUCCUUUUUUAUGCUUUUCUCUUUUCCAUCCCUCUUCUCUCUUUAAUUAGACCCAUGAGAAUAAUGGCUUGGCCAUGGAACCUUUGGUUGGUAAUGCAGUGGAAUGAAUGGUCUUCAUUCUUUUUCCUGGGCAAAUGAGGGAAUGUGAAAGAAAAUAAGUUAAACUCAAGUCAUUCUUUUUCCUAAGCUUUUCCUUUUUGUUCUUACCCAAAUUAUAUACAUUUUUGUCUUGGGUCGCUGCUGCUACUGCAUUUAGGCUAACAAUGAGGAAGCAUGGAUGGCAACUUCCUUAUCACCCACUUCAGGUUGUGGCUGUUGCUGUAUUUCUUGCAUUGGGGUUUGCUUUUUAUGUGUUCUUUGCUCCUUUUGUUGGGAAGAAGAUAUUUCAAUAUACUAUGAUGGGAAUCUACACUCCUUUGAUUACAUGCGUCUUUGGCCUAUAUAUUUGGUGUGCAGCAGCUGAUCCUGCAGACCCAGGAGUUUUUAGGUCCAAAAAGUAUCUCAACAUUCCGCAUGAUAGAAAGCAUUUCCAACAAAAGGAUUCUAAACUUGGUGUAGGUGGGGAGUCAACUUCAUCAAUGCAUGAUGCAAAUGUUUCUACUGUUGGGGCUAACUCUGUACAUAAGGGAUCAGAGGUUGCAGAUGCAACUUUGAAAGACCCUAAUACUGAUUUUGAGAAUGCAAAAUCAGGAAAUUCAUCUUGCCUGCUGUGGGCUUUAUUUCCUUGUGCUCUUAUCUGCAAUUUCUGCAGUUCAAGUGAUGAAUCUUCAUCGCAACAGAUGAGUGAAGAUGGCAUGUUCUAUUGCAGUUUGUGUGAAGUUGAGGUUUUCAAGUACAGCAAGCACUGUAGAGUUUGUGACAAAUGUGUGGACCGUUUUGAUCAUCACUGCAGGUGGCUUAACAACUGUAUAGGCAAGAGGAAUUACAGACAGUUUUUCACCCUAAUGGUUUCUGCUCUCCUCUUGCUUAUUCUACAAUGGUCGACUGGGAUCCUAGUACUUGUAUGCUGUUUUCUUGAGCGGAAGCGAUUCUCUGUGGACAUCUCCUCCAAAUUAGGAAGCAGUUUCUCUUUGGUCCCAUUUAUUAUUGUUGUGGCGGCGUGCACCAUUUUGGCUAUGAUUGCUACCCUACCUCUUGCUCAGCUUUUCUUCUUUCAUAUCCUCCUCAUUAAGAAAGGAAUCAGCACAUAUGAUUACAUUAUAGCUCUAAGGGAGCAGGAGCAAGAGCAACAAGGAGGAGUUGGAGGCCAGCAGAGUCCCCAGAUGUCUCCUGCCAGUUCACUUACUGGAUUGAGCAGUGCAAGCUCCUUUUCUACUUUCCACCGGGGUGCAUGGUGUACACCACCUCGCCUAUUCCUGGAAGAUCAGUUUGAUGUUGUUCCUCCAGAGACUGGAUCUGUCAGUUCUUUAGGAAAAAAGACAGUGGGAGAGGAGCCAAACAGGAAAAAGAACCCAGCAGCAGUAAAGAUCAGCCCAUGGACAUUGGCCCGAUUAAAUGCGGAAGAGGUUUCGAAAGCUGCAGCAGAGGCAAGAAAAAAAUCGCGAAUCUUGCGGCCUUUGGUGCGACGGGAAGCCCCUUUUGGGCUGGAAGGAGAUAGUAGCUUUGGCAGCAGUGGCCGUCGGAUGGUCCCAAGGCCUGACAAUAGUAGGAGGAAAGUUAAUAAGAGAGUACGCCUGCCAGCUGACCUACCUAUGGAGCCCGGAACUAAGGUUUCAGGUAUGGCUGCUGAGAAAAUUUUCACCGAGACAUCCACAAGCUUGGCCCCUCUUCAGCUUGAGGCAAGGAGUGCUUUCCAGACUAGCCGAGCAAUGUCAAGCUCAGUAGGGAUUGUUGCUUCUUCUCCAGAAAGCAGUUUAGAUUCACCAGAUAUCCACCCAUUUCGUGUUUCCUCAUCUGGAGCUGAAGAGUCUAGGAGGCUCACAGGUAUAUCUAUUGCAGGUGCUGCUUCUCACGGUGGAAUCCCACUAUCAAGGUCUGCUAGCGAUGGAUAUGAAGCAUCUGGUGGGGAAGAUAGUGACAGGGUUCCUUCCAGGAUUGUCCAAAGGUCAACUAACUGGAGUAACCUUCUCUUCCGUCCUGAUCAGGAUGAGAGUGUUCUUAGAUUGAAAGCAUCAUUAUCUUCAUCUAGCCAGGCUAACAAUAGAAAGCUUUGACCGAGCGAAUGAUGAAUGAAGAAUUUUGGUUCAUUUUGAUUUCAUUAAGGGGGGAAAAGCUCUACAUUCUUUCAUUUUUGGACCAAAAUGUUUCAGGGACUACUAAACUAACUGGCCAUUCACGUUGCACAUUGAUUGGCACAAUUUAAGUUUGGAAUGUGGAAUCAGGGCUUUCAUGUGGAGGACAUGAAAAUGCUGUAAAGAGGUUCAAGUAUUUGUGUUUCUUCGAUUCACGCACCCAAAUUGCAUAGAGAUUUCAUUGCAUCCAUUGGUCCCUGGCUCAUGCAUUUGGGACUUGACAAGAUGACAAAUUUGUUGUGUUGUUCAUUUUACUCUCAGUUGUAACCUCUUGUUGGGCUUUUGUUAGAAUGAAUUCUUAUGGACGGCUUUUUUAUUCAA